AUGGCACUUUCACCCUCUUUUAAUCACCCGAUAGCCUCUUCCAAUGCCACUUCUUCACCUUCUUUAAGUUUCUUGAAACUCAAUAAUUUUCACAACUGCAGCCCAAUGUUUAUGGGAUUUCGGAGCUCUUUUCAAUCUCUGGUUAUCAGCUGUUGUUCUUCUCAAUUUGGGUCCACCUCAAACCCCGUGAAUUCGAGGCAACCUCAGAUAUCUUCCACGUCUAGGCCUCCUUUUAGUGUCACAAUGAAUGAUAACGGUACAUCAAAACCAUCAUAUAAAUGGCGAAGGGUGUUGCUAAAAGUAAGCGGAGAGGCACUUGCUGGAGAUCGAACACAAAACAUUGACCCAAAGAUCACAAUGGCAAUUGCAAGGGAGGUUGCAUCCGUUACCCGGCUUGGCGUUGAAGUUGCAAUAGUUGUUGGUGGAGGAAAUAUUUUCCGCGGAUCCUCCUGGGCAGGUUGCAGUGGCCUCGACCGCUCAUCUGCUGACUAUAUUGGGAUGUUAGCAACUGUCAUGAAUGCAAUAUUUUUGCAAGCAACAAUGGAAAGUAUUGGCAUCCCAACAAGAGUUCAGACUGCAUUUCGCAUGUCAGAAGUUGCCGAACCAUAUAUACGUAGAAGAGCUGUUCGGCAUCUGGAAAAAGGACGUGUCGUAAUUUUUGCAGCUGGAACCGGAAAUCCCUUCUUCACAACAGAUACAGCUGCAGCCCUUCGGACUGCAGAGAUUAACGCGGAGGUGGUGCUGAAAGCUACAAAUGUUGAUGGAGUUUUUGAUGAUGAUCCGAGGUCUAAUCCUAAUGCUCGUCUUCUCGAUACUCUAAGUUAUCAAGACGUAAUUUCAAAGGAACUUUCGGUUAUGGACUUGACUGCCAUUACUUUGUGCCAAGAGAACAACAUUCCAGUUGUCGUGUUUAAUAUCAACAAACCUGGGAACAUAUCGAAAGCCAUUAUGGGAGAAAGGGUUGGUACGCUGAUUGGAUGGACAGAGAAUUCAGCAGAAGCAAGAACUUGA